UGAAUGCUCCCUGUGUGUGUUGGCGAACGGCCCUCAGUUCGUGAUGCCGUCGCACUAAUGUUCCUGAUCACUCUGCGUUUGGACCUUUGACAGGAUGGCCGGGGUCGUGCUGCGGCGGUGUGUGAGCACUUUACUGUCAACAUCUGGGGCCAAAAGCAUCGGAACCAGAGGAACCAGAGGAACCAGAGGAACCAGCAGCUAUUACAGGACCGCUUUAAGAAGAACUGCCACGGCUCUUACUAGUGGAAGAGCUGCAUUCCUCCUGGGGAUCCCAACGCUGUCCUGUCUGGGUUAUGAAGCUUAUCACAGAGUGCAGAGUUCAGCCGUGGUCCACGCUUUGGAAAAAGAGGAGGUGUUGGAGCAGGCUGACUACCUGUACAGCAGUGCAGAGUCAGAGAAGCUGUACCAGCUGCUGCUGCAGUACAAGGACAGUGACGAUGCAGACUUUCUGUGGAGGCUGGCCCGUGCGUCUCGUGACCUGUCCCUCCUGCCCAACAUGGAGGCCGGGCGGAAGAAGCAGCUGGUGUUUGAGGCCUUCGAAUAUGCGAAGAAGGCACUGGAGAAAGACGACGAGAAUUUCUCAGCGCACAAAUGGUACGCAGUAUGUCUCAGUGAUGUCGGGGAUUACGAGGGAGUGAAGGUGAAAAUUGGAAAUUCCUACAUCAUCAGGGAACAUCUAGAGAGAGCCAUCAAGCUCAAUCCCAGUGAUGCCACUUCCUUACAUAUUUUGGGUUACUGGUGCUUUGCUUUUGCUGAGCUGCCAUGGUAUCAACGCAAGGUGGCGGCUGUCAUUUUUUCGUCACCGCCUACGUCCACAUACGAGGAGGCUUUGGAAUUCUUCCUGAAAGCUGAAGAAGUUGAUCCAAACUUCUAUAGUAAAAACCUGGUGAUGCUCGGGAAGACCUACAUGGCCAUGAACGACAAACAGAAAGCACUGCUGUGGCUGACCAAAGCAAAAGAGUACCCUCCUCACACACACGAAGACAAAGAGGUCCAUAAAGAAGCUGUCGACCUCUUGAAGAAGCUAGGAUGAAGCUGUGAUCACCACAGAGAGGAAUAGGAUGCCUUUGGGGACUUUAGGGCUGUUAAUAUUUGCUAUCAUGCAAAUAAAAUGCUAAUGUUUUCUUUCUAUGAUUUUAUAACCACUAAUACAGUAGAACUGUGAGUGGCCUUGCACACAGAAUGCCUUUAAGAGAUAUAAGGUCCAACCAUCAAAGCUGCAACAUGCAGCUUUUGAUAUGGCAGUGGUAAGCAGGAUCUACAUGGUGUCUAUAUAUCUAUUAAUGCCUGGCUUUUGUCUGACAGCUGGCAGGGGUGAGCUGGGCUAAAUGUUUGAAAACGGUGAACAUUGUCACUUUCUUAAAUUCAUUCAAUAAAUGUAACCAAUUUCAUUACGAAGCUGUAUCUGUCUAUCUGGAAUCAAACAUAAAUGUUAUAGUAAAUAUUAAAUAUUAUAGUAAAUGUUAAAGUAUACACAUUGACUGCGGAAUGAUGGGUUUUCUUCAGAUGAAAAUGAUCUUAAUUGUUUGUCUUUUGAGCUUUAAUGAAUCCAUUCCUGGAUAUAGAAGAUAGUCUGUGGAGUGUUCAAUCUACCUGAAGGUAUUUCUUUUAACCAAAUGAUGAAUCAGAUUUGAGAGAGAGGUGCUGUUAAAUUGUAACCUGAAAUAUCUGAGGAUUAUAGUCAUUUUAUUCCAGAUAGGUCAGGGGUUGAACAGUAUGUUCCCUGUGUUCAUUGGGUACGCACUACUCACAGAAGUCGACUGAAAAACGUAAACGCUGGCAGAACGACGGUGUGAUAUUGUGGUUAUUUAAUAAACCAAACCAUGAA